GAUAAUGAUAAUGAUAACGAUAACGAUAACGAUAAUAAUAAUAAUAAUGAUAAUGAUAAUGAUGAUGAUAAUGACAAUGAUAAUGAUAAUGAUAAUGAUAACGAUAACGAUAACAAUAAUAAUAAUGAUAAUGAUAACAAUAAUGAUAAUGAUAAUGAUAAUGAUAAUGAUAAUGAUAAUAAUAAUAAUAAUAAUAGUAAUGAACUUUAUUAAAGUCUCAUGUCUUAUAACACAGGCACAGUGCCUUACUAAUUGGGGAGACUGAAGUAUAUAUAUAUGUUAAAUUUAUUGACAAUGGUUUAUUAUAUUAUUAGAGUUCAAUGUUUUACAAUGUAUAUCUUUUUUUAUUUUAAUGUAUGCAUUUUUAUAAAAGUAUCAUCCAUUAAUAUUGUUGUAAAGUGCUAUGAAAAACCACUGGAUGUACAUUAUUAUUAUUAUUAGAGNUUCAAUUGAAAAAAAUUCAACUUUAUGGCAGAUAAGCCACAUGUUCGUUAAGUGAAAUGUUGCUAAUUGUGAUUUUUGCUAGCCCCUUAUUAGGAAAUGUUUAGAGGAGAAAUGAUAAUGAUAAUGAUAAUGAUAACGAUAACGAUAACGAUAAUAAUAAUAAUAAUGAUAAUGAUAAUGAUGAUGAUAAUGACAAUGAUAAUGAUAAUGAUAAUGAUAACGAUAACGAUAACAAUAAUAAUAAUGAUAAUGAUAACA